AUGAGCUUUUCCCAACGCGAACGCGCGCCACAGAGGAAUGCAGAGAGACAACGGUUACGUAGGGCCCAAAGAAGAGCUAAAGAAGUGGAAGCUGAUCGGGAAAGGAAUCGCCUAUCGCAUCAGGCCCAGAGAUUGCUGCGCACUCAAGUUGCACGAGCGCAUGAGCGUGAACAGCAGGUCGCUAGACGAUCUCAACAAACAGAGGCGGAACGUGCGGCUUCAAGAGAAAGAGACACUGAAGCCCGAUCCCUUUGUCGCUUCCAGCAGACCGAGGACGAGCUCAAAGAGGAGCGUAAAGCAAACGCCGUGGUGCAGGCUACGCGACGCUCCCAGCAGACUGGCGAUGAACGUGAUGUAGAGUGGGACACCGACCGAGAACUUCAUACCAAUGCUAGGGAACAGCAGUCCGAUGAGAACCGUGACGCACAGCGAGAACGUGUCCGAGAGCGGCACGAAGCAAGAAGGGCGCAGCAUGUAGUCUACCGACAGAUAUUCGAGAUGUAA